AUGGUGACUGAGUAUGCCACUUCGGCGGCUCUGAACAAGAGCGGCUAUGAGUCCGUGGAGCGAAACCAAGAAUCGUGGGCUGGCUCUCUGCCUGCCUCUCAGGGCCUAUACGACGCGGACUACGAGAAGGACGCGUGUGGUGUAGGCUUCAUGUGCCACAUUAAGGGCAAGGCGUCUCACAAGAUUGUGUCGGAGGCACGCUUCUUACUGUGCAAUAUGACGCACCGUGGUGCCGUCGGUGCAGACGCCCGCGACGGUGAUGGUGCCGGUGUUAUGACUGGUAUGCCCGAUGCCUUUUUGCGACGCGAAGUUAGUAUCGACCACGACUUUGAGCUGCCACCACUGGGCCAGUAUGCAUGCGGCAACCUGUUCUUCACAUCCAAGGAUGAGCACGCGCGUGCGGAGCAUAUGAAACUGUUUGAGACGAUCGCCGAAAAGCUGCAGCUGCGUGUUCUGGGCUGGCGUGAGGUCCCUGUGGACAGCACCAUUCUGGGUCCCGCUUCGCGCAGCCGCGAGCCCAAGGUGAUGCAGCCGUUUGUGGUGCUCGGUGAGUACUACGGCUGGGAGUCGAAGAAGUGCGAGGCGAACGGUGUGUUUGACGAGAGCCACUUUGGGCGUCAGCUGUUCAUGCUGCGUAAGCACUCGUCGCACCGCAUUGGCCUGGCGAACUGGUUCUAUAUAUGCUCACUGAGCCCUUCGAACAUUGUGUACAAGGGUCAACUGAGCCCCGUGCAAGUGUACAACUACUACCAUGACUUGAAUAACUCGGUGUACAGCGCGCACUUUGCGCUCGUGCACUCGCGUUUCUCUACCAACACCUUCCCGUCGUGGGACCGCGCGCAGCCGCUGCGAUGGGCCGCGCACAAUGGUGAAAUCAACACGAUCCGCGGCAAUAAAAACUGGAUGCACGCGCGAGAGGGCCACCUGCGCUCGGAGGUAUUUGGCGAGGAGCUUGACCUGCUGUACCCCAUCAUUGAGAAUGGCGGCUCGGACUCGGCUGCGUUCGACAAUGUGCUGGAGCUCCUGGUCGUGAACAAGGUGCUGACGCUGCCCCAGGCCGUCAUGCUUAUGGUGCCCGAGGCCUGGCAGGGCCGUGAGACGGACCCUGCGAAGAUUGCCUUUUACCAGUGGGCGGCUUGUCUGAUGGAACCGUGGGAUGGUCCAGCGCUGUUCACGUUCUGUGAUGGCCGCUACUGUGGUGCGAAUCUGGAUCGCAACGGUCUGCGUCCGUGCCGCUGGUACACGACGUCGGACGACAUCAUGAUCUGUGCCUCGGAGGUCGGCACUGUGACUAUCGCGCCCGAGACGGUCACGGCCAAGGGCCGUCUGCGCCCUGGCCGCAUGCUGCUUGUCGACACGCUCGAGGGCCGCAUUGUCGAUGAUCGUGAGCUUAAGUCGAGCACGGCGCACUUGGCCGACUUUGCCGCAUGGGUUGAGCACAACCUGCUGCACCUGCGCGACAUCACGAGGCGCGUGGGCCGCGUGAGCCGCGAGUCGCUUUCGCCGCAGCUCGACGAGACGCGCCUGAGUACCGACCCUCGCCUGCGUGCGUUUGGAUAUACGGUCGACCAAAUUAGCCUGCUCAUGCUGCCUAUGCUGGACGACGCGAAAGAGGCGCUCGGCAGUAUGGGCAACGACGCUCCGCUUGCUUGCAUGUCGCAGUCGCCGCGCUUGCUGUUCGAAUACUUCCGCCAGCUGUUUGCGCAGGUGACGAACCCUCCGAUCGAUCCGAUCCGUGAGGCGGUUGUGAUGUCGCUCGAGCAGUACAUUGGUCCUGAGGGCAACCUGCUGGAGAUGAACGAGCUGCAAUGCAACCGUAUCCACCUUGAGUCCCCGGUGCUGAGCAUUGAGGAGAUGAAGGCGCUCCAGAACAUGAGCCUCGUCCACCCUGAGUGGAAGUCGAUCACCAUCGACACGACGUUUGACUCGGCGCUCGGCGCUGCUGGCUAUGAGGCGACGCUCAACCGUGUUUGUGCUGAGGCGUCCCGUGCGAUUGAGGACGAAAUGCGCAUUGUUGUCCUCUCUGACCGUCGUGUUGGCCCCCAUCGCGUGGCCAUCAGCUCGCUGAUCGCAUGUGGCGGUGUCCAUCACCACCUGAUCCGCCAGAAGCAGCGUAGCCGUAUUGCGCUGGUCAUCGAAUCGGCAGAGGCACGCGAGGUGCACCAUGUGUGUGUGCUGCUCGGCUACGGUGCAGACGCCAUCUGCCCCUGGCUUGCGCAGGAGGCCGUGAUGAAGGUCGGCCGCGAGGGUCUAUCCAAGGUCGACCUGCCUGCGGAGCAGCUCACCGCCAACUGGCGCCAUGCGGUGGACAGUGGUAUUCUGAAGGUUAUGUCGAAGAUGGGUAUCUCGACACUGCAGUCGUACAAGGGCGCCCAGAUCUUCGAGGCUCUCGGUCUCGACAACACGGUGGUGGACCGCUGCUUUGCCGGUACGGCGACGCGUAUCCGCGGCGCCACGUUCGAAGUGCUUGCCGCCGAUGCGCUUGAGCUGCACGAGCGCGCGUACCCCCGUCGCGAGAUUGUGUCGUUCCCUGGCCUCAAUGAGACGGGCGACUACCACUGGCGCGACGGCGGUGAGGCGCACGUGAACGAUCCGUCGUGCAUUGCGUCGCUGCAGGAUGCGACGCGCCAGAAGAACCAGGCUGCGUGGGAUGCGUACUCGAAGGCGACGCACGAGGCUGUGCGUGCCACGACGCUGCGUGGUCUGCUGGACUUUGACUUUGGCAAGGCGCGCCCGAUUCCCGUCGACCAGGUCGAGCCCUGGACGGAGAUUGCGCCGCGCUUCUGCACGGGUGCCAUGUCGUACGGAUCGAUCUCGAUGGAAGCGCACUCGGCGCUAGCCAUUGCUCUGAACAGGCUUGGCGGCAAGUCGAACACGGGUGAGGGUGGUGAAGACCCUGAGCGCUCAAUUCCCCUGCCGAACGGCGACUCGCUGCGCUCCAAGAUCAAGCAGAUUGCAUCGGGCCGCUUUGGUGUUACGUCACACUACCUGUCCGACUCGGACGAGCUGCAGAUCAAGCUUGCGCAGGGUGCCAAGCCCGGUGAGGGUGGUGAGCUGCCGGGCCACAAGGUGUCCGAGUCGAUUGCGCGCACGCGUCACAGCACGGCGGGCGUCGGUCUGAUCUCGCCGCCGCCGCACCACGACAUUUACUCGAUUGAGGACCUGAAGCAGCUCAUCUACGAUCUCAAGUGCUCGAACCCGCGCGCGCGCGUAAGUGUGAAGCUUGUCUCGGAGGUGGGUGUCGGUGUGAUUGCUGCCGGUGUUGCGAAAGCCAAGGCGGACCACAUUCUCAUUGCCGGCCACGACGGUGGUACGGGUGCCGCGCGCUGGACAAGUAUCAAAUACGCAGGUCUGCCGUGGGAGCUAGGUCUGGCAGAGACGCACCAGACGCUGGUGCUGAACGAUCUGCGUGGCCGUGUCACCGUGCAGACGGACGGUCAGCUGCGUACGGGUCGCGACGUGGCGAUGGCAUGUCUGCUUGGUGCGGAGGAGUGGGGCUUCUCCACGGCGCCGCUCAUUGCGAUGGGCUGCAUUAUGAUGCGCAAGUGCCACCUGAACACGUGCCCGGUCGGUAUUGCGACGCAGGACCCCAAGCUGCGCGAGAAGUUUGCGGGUCAGCCAGAGCAUGUGAUCAACUUCUUCUACUACCUGGCCGAGGAGAUGCGUGCGAUUAUGGCCAAGCUCGGCCUGCGCACAGUGAACGAGAUGGUCGGCCGCUCGGAUCUGCUCAAGGUCGACGAGUCGUUGCGCACGCCCAAGACGGCGAACAUCAACCUGAGUGCGCUGCUCAAGCCGGCGUUCGAGAUCCGCCCGGGCGCGGCGACCUACAAGGUGCGCCAGCAAGACCACAAGCUCUACGUGCGUCUCGACAACAAGUUUAUCGACGAAGCCGAGCCUGCGCUCUCGCGCGGCCUGCCCGUGCAGAUCGACUGCGACGUUGUUAACACGGACCGUGCGCUUGGCACGACGCUCUCGUACCACGUGUCCAAGAUCAUGGGCCCCGAGGGUCUGCCUCGCGACACGAUCCACAUUAGCGCGAAGGGCAGCGCCGGCCAGUCGUGCGGUGCAUUCCUGGCGCCGGGCAUCACGCUCGAGCUCGAGGGCGACGCCAACGACUAUGUUGGCAAGGGUCUCUCGGGCGGUCGCCUGAUUGUGUACCCCCCCAAGACGUCGCCGUUCAUGUCGGAGGAGAAUGUUAUUGUGGGCAAUACGUGUCUGUACGGUGCCACGUCCGGCCACGCAUACUUGUCGGGUAUUGCUGCGGAGCGCUUUGCCGUGCGCAACUCGGGCGCGCAUGCCGUCGUGGAGGGCGUCGGCGAUCACGGCUGUGAGUACAUGACAGGCGGCCGUAUCGUCAUCCUCGGUGCGACGGGCCGCAACUUUGCUGCGGGUAUGAGCGGUGGUAUCGCCUACGUGCUCGACUUGAACCGCGACUUUGCCAGCCGCUGCAACACGGAGAUGGUCGAGCUCGGCUCGGUGGAGGACCCCCGGGAGAUUGCCGAGCUGCGCAACCUGAUCGAGGACCACCGCCACUACACGGGCUCGUCGAUUGCUGAGCACGUCAUCCACGAGUUCCACCAUCUACUUCCGCGCUUUGUGCGUGUGAUGCCCACCGACUACAAGCGUGUGCUCGAGCAGGAGGCCGCCAAGGCCGCCGAGGAGAAGAAGCGCUCGAGCCACGUCGACCUGCUUGGCACGCUUUCGCGCCGCGGUAGCCAAGUCGAUGUCACGGUUACGGAUGAGCCGGAGCCUGCUAAGCCGGCUGAGCCCGCCGUGGUCGAUAUGGAGGAGGCGAUGCUCGACGAGGAGCUGACGAAGGCGCGCACGUCGAAGCUCGACAAGAUGCGCGGCUUUAUGAAGUACCACCGCCGCUCCGAGGCUUACCGCCAAGCGGGCGCGCGCGUCAAGGACUUCCAGGAGCUGUCGCACCGCCUCACCGAGCCGGAGCUCAAGCUGCAGACCGCACGCUGCAUGGACUGCGGUGUGCCGUUCUGCCAGUCGGACACGGGUUGCCCCAUCUCGAACAUCAUUCCCCGCUGGAACGACCUCGUGUUCAAGGGCCAAUGGUUCGACGCGCUGCAGCGCCUGCUCAUGACAAACAACUUCCCCGAGUUCACCGGUCGUGUGUGCCCGGCACCUUGCGAGGGCGCAUGUGUGCUCGGCAUUAUCGACAGCCCCGUCGGCAUCAAGUCAGUCGAGUGCGCGAUCAUCGACCAUGCGUGGGAGCAGGGGUGGAUGGUCCCGCGCCCCCCGCCGAUGCGCACCGGCAAGACGGUGGCGAUCAUCGGCUCAGGUCCCGCCGGUCUCGCUUGUGCAGACCAGCUGAACCGCGCUGGCCACUCCGUGACGGUGUACGAGCGUGCGGACCGCAUUGGCGGUCUGCUCAUGUAUGGUAUCCCGAAUAUGAAGCUCGACAAGGGCGUGGUCGACCGCCGCGUCGGCCUUAUGGCCGCGGAGGGUGUGCAGUUCGUUACGGGCACCGAGGUCGGCAAAGACCUCGACGCGGCGGAUCUGCACGCGCAGAACGAUGCGCUGGUAUUCGCCACCGGCGCUACUUGGCCGCGUGACCUGAAGAUCCCCGGUCGCGACGCGAACGGUGUGCACUUUGCGAUGGAGUACCUGACAUCCAACACCAAGUCACUGCUCGACUCGCAGCUGUCGCCUGGCACGUACCUGAACGCUCAGGGCAAGAACGUGAUUGUCAUUGGUGGUGGUGACACAGGGAACGACUGUAUCGGAACGGCUGUCCGCCACGGCGCCAAGUCGGUGGUCAACUUUGAGCUCCUGCCCCAGCCGCCUGCGGCGCGUGCCGCCAACAACCCAUGGCCGCAGUGGCCGCGCAUUUUCCGCACCGACUAUGGUCAUGCGGAGGUCAAGGCGCGCUGGGGCAACGACCCUCGCGAGUACUGCAUCUCCACGACCGAGUUUGAAAAGGACGAGGAGGGCAACCUCGUGGCGCUUCACACGGUGCGCGUAUCGUGGGAGCUCGACGCGAGCGGCAAGUGGCAAAUGACCAAGAUCCCCGGCAGCGAAGAGCGCUUCCCUUGCGAUCUCUGCUUCCUCUCGCUCGGUUUCCUGGGCCCCGAGAAUGCUGCGAUCCAGUCGCUCCAGCUCCAGCAGGACGCGCGCAGCAACAUUCUCGCCGACACGAACAAGGGCCCUCGCCCGUACCAAACCUCCGUGCCUGGCGUCUAUGCCGCUGGCGACUGCCGCCGCGGCCAGUCGCUGAUUGUCUGGGGUAUCCAGGAAGGCCGUGCAUGUGCAGCGCAGGUCGACACGGAUCUCAUGCGCAGCUCGGCUCUCCCUUGGGCUGGCAGCAUUCCCAAGCGCAUUCACAAUGCGGAGAUGCCCAAGCAGACCGCUGCUGUCCCCUCAGCCUAA